ACUCAGCAGCUGAAACCCGAGUAUGUAUCAGUUUGUUGGGCAGUGCUUGUGCCCAGUGUGUGAGGGUCACGGUGAAUGUCUGUACUCUGUGACUGAGCCACAGGAGUGGCUGCAGGACCUUCCCAGGGUGCCUGAUUCAGCCUUCGCCCUCCAGAGACGGCACGCACCAAGAUGGCAGCUGCGGGGGCACUGCUUGCCCUUAGGCUUCAGUGCUUUUCACCACUAAGGGGAAGCAGGAGUGGAGGGGCGUGGGUGACUCGGCUACUGCCGCUGGGGCUAUAGUGACGUUCGGCAAACAGCCAGACACCAUCCCUCGCCUCCGGACUGGCGGUGGGCGGGGCAGACGGAGGGUGGGACCUGCAGAGGCCUGCCAAUGGCUUGCAAGAGGCGGGUGCAUGACAAACCGCAAGCGGAAGAGUCAAAGUUCAGGAGCUAGAGGCAGCCGGGAGCCUCGGACUCGGAAUACCCGGGUACAACCAAGAUGCUGAGUUCCUCUCUGAGCCUGCAAAACGGCACCUGGUCGGACACCAUCUCUCUGCUCUUAGCUCUUGGCGUUGCUCUCUACUUGGGCUACUACUGGGCAUGUGUGCCUCAGAGGCCCCGUUUGGUGGCUGGGCCCCAGUUUGUGGCCUUCCUGGAGCAGCACUGUCCAGUCACCGUGGAGACUUUCUACCCCACACUCUGGUGCUUUGAGGGACGGCUGCAAACCAUCUUUCGAGUCCUCCUGCAGUCUCAGCCUGUGGUCCCUUACCGGAGUGAAGUCCUCCAGACCCCAGAUGGAGGCCAGUUCCUUCUAGACUGGGCUGAGCAGCCUAACAGCAGUCACUACCAGGACCCUACCACCCAGCCCAUAGUACUGCUGCUUCCAGGCAUCAGCGGCAGUAGCCAGGAGCCGUAUAUCUUACACCUAGUGGACCAAGCUCUGAAGGAUGGCUAUAGGGCUGUUGUAUUUAAUAACCGAGGAUGCAGAGGGGAAGAGCUGCUGACUCACAGGGCUUACUGUGCCAGCAACACUGAAGAUCUAGAAACAGUUGUGAAGCACAUAAAGCGCAUCUACUCCCAAGCUCCACUGCUGGCUGUGGGCAUCUCUUUUGGAGGGAUACUGGUGCUCAACUACCUGGCAAAAACCGGGAAGGCCGGAGGCUUGGUCGCGGGAUUGACCAUGUCUGCAUGUUGGGAUUCCUUUGAGACCGUUGACUCCUUGGAGACCCCACUCAACUCACUGCUCUUCAAUCAGCCCCUCACAGCUGGACUCUGUCGGCUUGUGGCCAGGAACAGAAAGCCAAUUGAAAAGGUGUUGGAUGUAGACUUUGCGAUAAAGGCUCGCACAAUCCGCCAGCUGGAUGAGCGCUACACAUCUGUGGCUUUUGGGUAUAAAGACUGUGCGGCUUAUUACCAAGCCGCAAGCCCAAGAACCAAGGUAGAUGCCAUCCACACCCCUGUCCUCUGCCUCAACGCAGCAGACGACCCCUUCUCCCCAGUCCAUGCCUUCCCUCUGCAGGCUGCCCAGAAGUCUCCCUAUGUGGCCCUGCUCAUCACAGCUCGGGGUGGCCACAUUGGCUUCCUGGAAGGGCUGCUGCCCUGGCAACACUGUUACAUGAACCGCGUGCUACAUCAAUAUGCCCAAGCCAUCUUCCAGCACUCGGUGGAGCUGCCUGACCUGGGAGCACUCACUCCUGAAGAUGGAAAGAGCUGACAAGAGGACUGCCGGGAUCCCGGUUCAAUCUUUCUCUCUUUAUUAAAUAUCAACUCUUCCUGCCUAAC